UGAAAAAGUUGUCGUCCCACUGCAGAAAAUUGAUCUGCUGGUCGAGGACGUGCUGGUGUCACGAACCGCGACCAGAAAUAGAACGACAAGCGACUACACCGCUGGCACUGGAAAUCUUCAUCCUCGUCGGAGGCAGCAGGAUCAUGCUGAUCUUCUUGAUGGUGCAGUUGAAGCAGGAGCAGAACGAAGUAAACACGACGAUGCUUUCGAUCUGCUCCGCACCAAGUUGCUCACCAUGUUGCAGAAGCAGAUCUGGCAGUCCAGUUUCCGCUUGAGAAUGGAAGAUCUCUCUGUUUCAGUCGACCACGAAACGCGGUCUGUGUUUUUACACGCGGAUUACAAGCAUCUACUCGAGCACCCACGACACGCUGCGCGGGAUCAUCAUCAUAAUUCGCAGCCGAGACGACGACGACGACGACGAGCGGCGACCAGCAAAAAUGGAGGAUUAUCUUCAGAAAACGAAAUCGUGGACCACAGACCGUUUGAGUUAACCUACGAAUUUCAAUUAGAGGAUUACGUCGGUAGUUUUCCUUCUACUGACGAACACCAUGUUUUUGCGGAACGACAAGUAGAACGACGACCACGACAUGCUGGUCAUCUUCCGAGCAGCGUCCGCGGCCGAAACAGCAGAGUGGAAGAUCAUGAUGAAAGACGGAAGCAGAAAGAAAUUGUGGAGGAAUGCGCGAGGCGGAAAAAGCUGCGAGAAGAGGAGGGGGACUAUGGAAGUUCUCAAACGUUAUAUUCUCAAUUGUUACACGAAUUUUGUGAUGCAAAAACAGCAUAUAGGGGAAGGGGCAAGCACAAGCUUGCAAGUCUCGCAUCACAAAUUUUGCGCAGAUUUAGAUGCUAACUAGCCCUUCGAGCAUUUGUCAUGCGAAGCAGCUUGAUCGUCUAGCCCUAGCGGUAGCGGCUCAAGGUCAUUUUGCAUGAAGACAAAUCAUGUAACAGUUGAGAAUGUAACAUUUGAGAACGCCAUAACGACUAUGCGCGCAGCAUUGCGGGGCGGUUGAAGUUCAAAAAGUUGGCGAUUUCCAUGGCGGUUGAAGAGAGUGAUUUGUCCUUGUCGAGGACAGCAAGUCGUGUAGGAGAUGCGUCUACUGCUGAAGAUCAUGUGUCCACCGAUCAGCAGGACCAGGUUUUCCACAGUGGUACAACUGCUCGACGUGUGACCACAGGAGCGCCCUCAAGAGAAGCAAAAUCCAGAAAGCUGUCUUUUCGAGUCAAUUUUGAAGCACCGCAGUGA